GGCUGGCCGAGGGGGAAGAUGGCGGUGGCGGCGUCAGGGAAAUGGAGCCUGGGCGGCUGUCAGCUGGGAGCCGGCGGCAGCCAGCGGGCCGUGAGGAGCACCGAGGCGCGGCCUCGCUUCGUCGAGGGGUCUAUCGUUAGGAUCUUCAUGGAGAACUUCCUAACAUACGAUGUCUGUGAAGUACGUCCAGGACCCAGUCUGAACAUGAUUGUAGGUGCUAAUGGAACAGGAAAGUCAAGCAUUGUUUGUGCCAUCUGCCUGGGACUGGCCGGAAAACCUUCUUUCAUAGGGCGAGCUGAUAAGGUUGCUCUCUUUGUAAAGCAGGGGUGCUUGAAAGGUGUAGUAGAAAUUGAACUAUCUAAGACACCUGACAAUAUCAUUAUCACACGUGAGAUUCAAGUGGUGAACAACACAUCAACGUGGUUUAUCAACAGAAAGCCAACAACCCUGAAAACAGUAGAAGAACAGAUUGCAGCCUUAAACAUCCAGGUGGACAAUUUGUGCCAGUUUCUUCCUCAGGACAAAGUUGGAGAAUUUGCAAAACUGAGUAAGAUUGAGUUGCUUGAAGCCACUGAAAAAUCCAUUGGUCCUCCAGGAAUGUACCAAUUUCACUGUGAAUUGAAAAACUUCAGAGAGAAGGAAAGAGAACUGGAGAACUUGUGCAGAGACAAAACUAACUCUUUGGAGAAAAUGAAACAGAGGAUUGAACGAUACAAACAAGAUGUUGAGAGAUAUCAUGAACGCAAGCGCCAUCUUGAUUUAAUUGAGAUGCUUGAGAGGAAAAGGCCUUGGGUGGAAUAUGAAAAUGUUCGUCAGCAGCAUGAGGAAGUGAAACAACGCCGAGACCAAGCCAAGGAAGAACUGAAGAAUCUGAAAGAAAUGCAGUCCCCAGUGACAAAAAAAAUCCAAGAAACUGAAGAACAUUUUAAGAGUCUGGAUAUGAAAAUCAGAGAUAAGGCUGCUGAAAUCAAAGACACUUCUCAGAAAUGUAAACAGAAGCAAGAUUCUUUGGAGAUGAAAGAUAAACAAAUUGAAGAAAUUAAUCAAGCUUUGAGAAUGAAAAAAGAUGAAGAAAUGGACAGACAGAGGAAAAUACACAACACUCACAAGAUGAUAGAGGACUGGAAGAAUGAGCUCGAUAAAAUGGUAGUCUGUGAGAAUCUUCAGCCACAAACUGAUGCUGUUAAUAAUGAGCUGAAAAAAUUACAAGAAGAAAGAGCAAAUAUUGAUAGUGAUAUCAGUGAUCUAACAGCAGAGAAAAUGAACCAAGAGAGGGAAAAGAACAGAUUAAUUGAUCGCCUUGGACAGCUUAAUAAUAUAAUGAAUAUGAAGGAAGAGAAUCUUAAAGGGAGAUUUCGAGACACACACACUGCUCUUAUGUGGCUACGAAAGAACAAAGACAAGUUUAAAAGAAAAGUUUGUGAACCCAUUAUGCUUGAAAUCAAUAUGAAAGACAACAGACAUUCUAAAUAUGUUGAAAAUCACAUUUCAGCCAAUGACAUGCGGGCUUUUGUUUUUGAAAGUCAAGAAGAUAUGGAAAUGUUUCUUGUUGAGAUGCGUGAUCAUCAGAAACUAAGAGUGAAUGCUGUAUGUGCACCUGCUGAAUCAUGUGCUGAAAGCUUACCUUCGAGACCUAUUGAAGAAUUACACCGAUACGGAUUUUUCUCAUAUUUACGAGAGUUAUUUGAUGCUCCUCAUCCUGUGAUGAGUUAUCUUUGCUCCAACUACCGUGUUCAUGAUGUUCCUGUGGGAACAGAGAAGACCAGAAACAUGAUUGAAAGGGUCAUACAAGAAACCAAACUUAAGCAAAUAUACACAGCAGAAGAAAAAUACAUUGUUAAAGUAUCUGCUUACACAAACCUAACCCUCUCUACUAACAUAUCCCUGAGGGCAGCACAGUUUCUCACUAGUUCAGUGGAUACAGAUGAAAGACGACAGUUGGAAAACCAGCAACAGGACAUCAAUAACAUGUUAAAGUCAUUGGAUAUGCGUUUGACUACAUUGCUUGAGAGACAGAAACAUCUGGAACGCAGAGACAAUGAGCUCAGGCAACAGAAGAAGGAGCUUUUAGAGAGAGGAAACAGGAGGAGACAGUUGGAAUCAAAAAUUGGUGUGAAGUAUGAUAGUUUAAGACAGCUGGAACAAGAUGCUAUCAACCUAGAGAAGGAAUCUCAACUGGCAAAUGUAAAGAUCAAAGAAAUAAAUACUGAAAAAGCAAAACUUGUUACUGAAUUAAUGCAUCUCAUAAAGAAUUGCAUAUCACUGAACAUCCUCAAAGCAGAUUUGGUUCUUCAGAGUGCUACAGUGGCUGCUGAGAAGAGCAGACUAGAAUCUGAGUAUAAAGCUGCAAGUGUACAGCUAAGAGCUGCAGAGCAACAAUUUCAUGAACUGGAUGAUAGGAAGCGAGUUCUUACAGAGAACUGCAAGGAAUUGCUGAAAAAAGCUCGACAGGUCUGCAAACUGAGUCCAGAUCAGUAUCUUCCAAAAGAAUUUCAAACUGCUUUUCAGGCUCUUCCGACCACGUUGGAGGAAAUUGAUGCUUUUCUGAAUGAAGAGAAAAACAGGGCCUCCUGUUUCACAGGCCUGAAUGCUUCGGUUGUUGAAGAAUACAAUAAGCAGACACAAGAAAUACAGCAGUUGACAGACUAUCUAGAGGAAAAGAAAAAUGAACUGGAUAACUAUAAGCAAAACAUUUCACAGGUCAAAGAAAGGUGGCUAAACCCCUUGAAAAAGCUGAUUGAGCAAAUUAAUGAGAAGUUCAGUAACUUCUUUAGUUCUAUGCAGUGUGUUGGUGAAGUUGAUCUUCAUGUGGAAAAUGAGGAGGAGUAUGACAAGUAUGGGAUUCGCAUUCGAGUCAAAUUCCACAGUAGCACUGAACUUCAUGAAUUGACUCCAUAUCAUCAGAGUGGAGGUGAGAAAAGUGUUUCCACUAUGUUGUACCUGAUGGCUCUACAGGAACUCAACAGAUGUCCUUUCAGGGUUGUAGAUGAAAUAAACCAGGGAAUGGAUCCAAUGAAUGAGAGAAGAGUUUUUGAAAUGGUUGUGAAAACUGCUUGUAAAGAAAGCACAUCUCAGUACUUCUUUAUUACACCAAAGCUCCUGCAGAAUCUUACUUACAAUGACAAGAUGACAGUGUUGUUCGUCUACAAUGGACCUUUUAUGUUGGAGGCAAACAAAUGGAAUUUAAAGGCUUUCUGUAGGCGGCGGCGGCGACUUGGAAGGAUGGAUGAACAGUGAUACAAAUAUGUAUAUGUAUAUGAAAACUAUAUAAUGGUUUUGAAGAACUUUUUGGAACAUCUGGCUUUCAAGACUUAAGAAAUUGUGAAAGAUGAGAACCUGCAAAAAAUUGAUGAUUAAGAACUUUAAUUCUUAAAACUUUUACAAAAGUGUAACAGAUUUGAAUUGCAUGUUUUGGGUUUUUGGGGUUUUUUCAAAUCUUUUGUAGUGGCCUCUCUCUCCAAAGAACCUACUUUUUCUCAAUAGUAAUUUUAAAUAAAAAGGAAGUUUCUUGUAUUUUGCUAUUUUAUCAGUAAUGUAGCAUCAGAAGUACAGUUAAUUUUUCUAGGUUAUACUGGACUAAUCCAAUGUCUGGGGUCUUUUUGGUUUUGUUGUUGUGGGGGUUUUUUCCAAAAAUUGGAUUUGUUUUUGGUAAAUUGUGUUUCCCUAACACAGAUAAGGAUGUUCUCCAGACUUUUACUGUUGAAAUGGAAACUUUUUUUAUUAAUGAAAAAUAGAGUAAUAUACUUUAUUAUUGUUAUUUAUUAUUUUUAGCUGAUGUUCCAUUUUGUAUUCCUGGAAGGAUAAUGUCUUUAUUUUUCUAGCAAGUCUCUCUCAGCAAGGAGACUAAUAAAGAGCCAGGUGUUUUUGAAACAAUGAGCUAGUUAGCUUGCAGAAGUAAAACUACGCAAUAUAUAACUUUUUGUUGGUUUUUUUUUAAAGUAAAACUUGAUAUGUUUUUGGUGAUAGAUGGAGAAAAUAGUCCUGCUGAUUUCACAUGUAAAUUAAAGCCAAGAGGCUUUUUACAAGGCUCUAGCUGCAUUGGAGUGAUUGUAUAUGCAGUGGCUUUUCAACAGGUAGCCAUAAAAUUCAUUAGUGGAAGUUUGGCCACAGCUGUUAAGCAUUUGAAAGUAGAUGUUAUCAUCAGGAUGCUGAAUACGUAAAAUAAAGUCCCAGUUAUUUAGUUAACUAUAUAAAAAAAAAAUAAAUUAAUACUGAGUUGUGAAGAGUAUGAUUUGCAGAGAAAUGGAAACUAUGGUUGGUAUAUAAAAUGUAUCUAAAAUUGAUUGAGUCCCAGGACACCAUCUGAAAAUAGGCAGUAUCCUUGUUUUCACAGAGGGAGUAGCCUUCAAUAGAAUUUUAUAUACAAUUUGGUGUCCACUUGAUUUUGAGUGGGAGGUUUUCUUAACUGCCUGUUGUCAAUGAACUUUGCCAAUAGAAUUGAUAUGUAAGGCUUUUUACAUCAGAAUGUUAGAAGUAAAACAACCCACUGCAAAAUAAGCUAGGAUCUGAAGGGUUUCCAGUAUUAAACAUUAAGUACUGUAAUUCUUGUUUUGAAUAGACAAGCCUUUAAGGGAAUAGAGAACUGCACAUUCUGAUAUCACAGGCCACUGUUGAUCAUUGGAGCUCUGACUGUGAAAUGAGUUCUGGAAUAAGUUCCAUGAGGAUUUGUGUCCACACACAAAUAUUUGAUGGAAGAACUAAAAGAGUGGAAACUUGGGCUGUAGUCCAGGGACUGAGUGGGCCAGCAGAGUAUCUUCAAUUUAAUUGAGGCUACAGGCCCGACUGUCCAGUGUAUUACAAGAUUGGGGUUCUAAAUGUGUUCUUUGGUCUUCAGAAUACUUGGCUUCUCAUAACCCUGAACUUUUAAUGUUUUGGAGGUUUUUUAAUUGAAUGGAAAAACAUACAUUCUGUUUAGUCUCUGAGGAUCACUAUAUGAAAAGUGUGAUUUGUUUUCAGUGUCUGAAUAAGUGAAACUACUUACGUGAGCAUGUGUUAGGACUCAAUUCUAUGGCUAGACAGCACUGUCUGUCUGUUCUUAAUGCUGUCAGCUUAGAACUUUGUGGGAUUUCUUCCUAGAGGUCAGUUCCUUUCUUGUGUUUUAGGCUGAGGUAUGAAAUGUAAGUCUGACUUAUUUCAAGAGGAUGGCGUUUCAGAUCCUAUCUCAAACGUUUUGUCUUCUGCAUAUGUGCCUGCCACACUGCACAGCUGAAGAGGAUGAUGGGCUUGCUUUUUUCUUGGGAGAUCUGUUUUUGAUGUUUGCUUUUUUCUUGGGAGAUCUGUCAGCUGUUGACUGGAGGUUCUGAUUUCAACGUUACCUGGCUACAAUCUUAAUAUGGCACUGUCAUUCAUGCUAACUUACCCCAGACAGUGUAACAAGCUGCAAAACCGUACCACUGUGAUGUUACUGACCAAUACAGCUUCACUAUCCAGCAGCUCUGCUAGCUAAAGCCUUGCAAAAAGAACCGUAAAACCAACUUUUUGUAGAAAAGCAGCCACUGGUGUUUGCAAAUGGGCUAUACAGUAUGUUGGUAACCUGCUAAUUCGCAUGACAGGUGCAUCCUCCCCACACACGGGGACCUUCUGGCUUAAAAGGAAGUCUUUUGAAGGGGGUAGUGUAUUCAACCAUGAAAAUCCACACUGAGUUGCUUAGUGUAGCUACAGCGCUAUUUAACAUUCCUUACCCGAGUCUAGGGCCCUUCCUGCUGCCAGCUUCCUCGUGCUUUGGUGCUGCUAUUCAGCUCCUCAGGGACUCUUGCUAUAAAAACCCGUGGAAUUAAUUUCAGUAUAAUGUUGAGGAGGAGGGGAUGAGUGGGAGUUUAGGUUAAAUAUACAUGUAGUAUCCAACUUUUCCUGCUGACUACACAGGACCUCUCAAAAAUGGAGAAGUGGAAAGACCCCCAAUAAUCCUGAAAGCUGAAGUAUAAAUUGAGCUUCCUCCAAAAAUAGGUACUUUUCCCUGUUGUUUAGACCAGCUGAAGACUAUGGCAAAGAUCCUCUUCCACCACCAUCUGCAGUUUUGACAAACAUCUGCAUCUGCUCAUGUAUUGAGACAGAGAGAAGCAGCAUGGAAAUUGUGACUUACGGUGAGAAAUAAAAAGAUCUUGAGAAACCAAAUACUGAAAAGCAUUUAUAAAUCACCUUUUACUGUAUUUUAUGACUAUAAAUGCCACUCAUGCAUGUAUGUUAACUAGGAGAGAUUGCUUAGUCAAAUCAGCAAACUAGAAUGAGGAGGGGCCCUUGCACAACUAUGAUGCUUUUAACACGCUUACAUGAAACUUAGGCUUUUAUUGGCCUGGUAAAGCUGUUGCUGACUGGGAACAUCUAUUCUCCAGACUUUGGAGUUAGCGAGAGAUGAAGAGACGCACCGAGCUGGCCUGUGCUGCAGGGUGCUUGCUGAGAAGUAUGGUGGGUGCUCUUUAGAGGCCUGGAUGGGCACCUGCUCCAGGCCCUGGAGCAAACCGCUUCGAGUUCACGCUGCCGGAGGCUCCUGUGCAUGGUUCAUACCAAGGUGCUUCUCUCUCAUUGCUAAGCUCGCUGGCUGAUGCUUCCUUUCUAGAAGCUUCUGGACCAUCUUCAAACACUGCUCCCUAUGGAUCAUGGAAAUGGGCUUGGGUGUCUUCCAUGAGCCUGCAGUUACCUGCCUGUUCCCUUAGCAAGGCCUCUUCAUUUUCUCAUCGUCCCUUACUAGUAGGCCUUAAUUUUCACUUUCCUUCCCCAAUUCUCGUGCCGUUCCAUGGUGCCUUCUGGAAAGGCAAGUGUUAGAGCAGAUACGUAAGAUGUGAAAUUUGUCAUUCUGUUUUACAAAUGCAUGCAGAACAUUACGUGUUGUCUGGCACUGUCCAUGCUCAGGAUUUGGACAGAGGGGUUUACCCGGGGGAGGGAAGGAAAUGCAAGAGGGAGAUCUGUAAUUAAAGAGUCUGGGAAAGGAGCACCACACUGAGGUGAAGGGCUGUGUUGGCUCAGCAAUAUCCUAGUAACUUUACAUAGAAAUGUAUUGUAAUUUUAUGGAAAUUGUUUUGAUGUUGCAUGCAUGAUUUCCCUCUCCUGUCCCCCGCCUUUAUUUGGCCCGCUUCUUGAAGGGUGCGUAGUUUCUUCUGAUUUGAUCGGCACAGUAUCUGAUGGGAGGUGUCUGGCGGGAGAGCUACAUCAUGGGAAGGGGGGGGACCUUGGCACUGUAGCUUCACUGUAAAUAACUUGGAGCCAAAAUUACUCUCUUCAGUUCUGACUCAC